CUCAAACUGCUCAGCGGCAGGCGCACUCGUUCCUAACACUUCAUUAUGUCUUACAACCCAUGCCAUUGGAACCCAAAAUCCGGCUAAAGGGCAGAAACAGUCUCGCCCUUAAAGAAGCUUACAUCGAGGCCACAUCAAUCCAAACAUGACAAGUAAACAAGCGGCAUGCUUGAAUUGCAGAAAGAGCAAGAUCAAAUGUAAACGGGGAUCUGGGUCUUGGGUUUGCGAGAAAUGUCAACAUGCUGGAACAGAGUGCAUUAUUCCAACUUUCCAUGUUGGGAGACAGAAGGGUGUAAAGAAUAAACGUACUGGACUUGAAAGGGCCAUAUUUCAAAUUGAAGAGGCUAUCAAGAAGUCAAGAUCAGCAUCUCUGUCCAACGAAGGGACACUUGAACAGCUACAACAUCUCCUCGAUAAUGCUCGGAGGGAGAUACCAGAAACAGAAGAUACAGCUUCAUCUGGUAGCAUAGCACUUACCACCGAAAGAUAUGGAGCUCCUCAAUCAAGCGAUGACCAACUCGCCUUAGAUGACGCCGAGAACCCCCUCCAACUCCUUGCCCGUGCUUCUGACCUACGGUUAACGUCCCCCCAGUCUGCCGAGAUCAGCGCCUCAACCCCAUCUAGCCGCUAUUAUGGAAGCGAGAGAGAUGAAAGAUCUGAUAUUCAUCGAUUCUUCCUCCCCAUGAAAGCAAGCUUCGAUUCCGGGCCGGAGUUAGACCCAAUCGAUAUUGGACUAGUAACGAUGGAAGAGGCGAAGGCUCUGCUAGCAUUCUUUCAUGAGAAACUUGCCCAUACUCGGUGGGGUCUUGAUCCUUUGGUGCACACUCCCUCAUUCGUACGACGACGCUCAUCCUUCCUCUUUACGUCUUUACUGACAGCUUCUGCACUGUUUCUACCGUCGACGGCCGCACUGGCCAAGAGACUUCUGUUUCACCGCAAAUUUCUCGCACAGCAGGUGGUCACUAAAAGGUUCCGUUCAGUCGAGAUCGUCCUAGCAUUCCUAGUUAACAUUCCUUGGAUGCAUCCUGGCACUCACUCCGCCGACGAUGACACCGGCCUCUAUAUUUCCGUUGCGUUAAGCAUCGCACUCGAUCUGUCAUUGGACAAGAUCGUGACACCUUCCUGGUCCUUUGAUCAAGAUCUUUUGAAAAGAAUCCCGAAAUCAAAUUGCAUCGAUGCCCGAAAAGCCCUGGCAAUGGAUGGGUUUGAAGACGUAGAUGCGCGAUCUGAAUGGGGCCAGCGGCUAUUACGCCGAAGAGAAAGGGUCUGGAUUUCGCUCUUUGUACUCGAGCGUGGCGUCUGUCUUGCGCGGGGACGUAGUUACAGCGUUCCGAUUACGCCCUUAAUUAAACAUAGCGACCGAUGGCACUCUGAUGGAGUUUCUGAUUCACACGACGGCUCCCUCAUAUCCAUGGCUGUUUUGCGUCGAGAUCUCGAUGACCUCUUCAGCGCCGUUCGAUCAAAAUGCGACAGCUAUAGGGUUAUUGAUGUUGGCUCAAAGGUCGCAGGAGAGAUCAAAGCAACCAUUGAAAACUUCUAUGAUCGGUGGCUUGCAACAUGGACCGUGGCAAUAGGCGAAGGUGAACAGAAAACACUCCCGCCUUACGUUGAGAUCCUCGUCACACACACUCGCCUCUCCACCUACAGCGGUGUCAUCAACCACCCGACGGCGCCCUUAGAGGUCAAACGUUUAUUCAGGGCUUCCGCAUUGUCGUCAGCGCUGAAUGUAAUGAGGGCGGCUAUCCAAGGAGAAGCCCGUUUGAAGUCGAUGCCGAACAACACCGCCAUCAUGAUAUGCUUUGCUGCGUGUGUCUCACUGAAUCUAAGCACAUCAUCGCCAGGUGGAAGUCAUAACCUUGCGCCGAGCGUGCGAAAUCUAAUCGAAGAGACUGCAGCCGUUCUAGAGCGCAUUGGAAACACGCCACCCCACAGAAACGGGACUUCAGUACUAUAUGGAAAAUACCUACGAGAGCUCGUUAAACAAGCCCCAUUGCUGCUGAAUCCUCCUCUACCAGCUCCAACACCCGUGGCUCCACAGCCGGUCGCUGCGGAAACCUCAGUAUUAGAUACUCCGAUAAAUUCUAUCCACCCAUUUCCUCAGCCACAGUACCCUCUGCCGAAUCCGUGGGGAGAGCCAUUGCAGUUCUCCGCUAUGUCUGGCAACGAAGUCAUCGAGACUGUUAUGAAUGCGGGAGACUUUGACGCAGCUCUGCUAGAUUUCCCAGUGGAAGAUGCUAAUGCAUUCACGUGGAUGGACUGGAUGAAUCCCCCAGAGUUUGGAUUUCAGUGAACCGCUUCAAGUCCCCCGAAACCACCCAGAUUUCUUCUUGCACAAGGCGGAAGUACGAGAUGUUUUAAACACCUCAGCCAUCUUCUCCGAGGGAAUCUGCAAGCGGUGCUUCUAAGCCUCGAUGUUCCAAAUAUACAUCCUGGAUACUAGACGCUGGUUAUCUACUACUGAACGAAGAAUGCUUUUAGCUUCCCUAUGAAAACAAACAUCAAUACCGUAUUUGGCGCCAGUCUAAGCCACGCCGGUGUCCAACCUUUCAU